CUUAUGACUCGGCCCUCGGCCCUCCUCCGCUCUUGAUUGUUUCGUGCGGCGCACUCCAUCGAGUUUCCUCGCUUCUGAGGUGGUCGCGGUCGCAAGUCUCCAAGUCACCCGUCCCUCCCCCAUCCCACCAUCCCCAACUUUUCUUCCCGGCCCCCUGCCCUGCUGCUACUCUACGAGCACCAGUCUGAGCGCCUGGGCGCAGUCGUACCUCAUGUAUGACAAAUUCCGAAACUAGCAGCAGCAGCAGAAAGCGUGCGUCCACCAGUCGCAGCCGCUGCGGGUGCCCCUGGCGUGAUGUAUAUGUCGUCCGUUCCCGGAGAGGCCACCACGCGGGCGGCCCCACACGAGGAGUGGUUCGCUGUCCACGCGUUUCGUGUGACCCCGGGCGGACUAAAGGAAACUGCCCUUCAAGUCGUAUUCCUGUCGAACCCAGUACGCUUUUGUACCUUUACAGAUAAGUCUUUGCCACCUACCCACUUACAAUCUUGAUGCAAUGUUGUGUGUUAGGCAAGUUGUUACGGCAGCGAGUGACUGCGCCUACUUCCCCUCCCCUCAGCUCACGCCCAAUCAGUCCCCCGUGCCCAUGAAAGUAUCUCCGCUCGUUUGUCUAACGUUACACUGCUGUCGACGUUCCCCCUUCUGCUCGCUCGGGUCUCUUGCUCCAUUCUGUUCGGUCCUGCUCCAGCGCAGCUCAGUGCUGCCGGGGGCCAGUCUGACUGGGGCCCCUCCCUGCCUGCCUGCGCUGACGGACUUCUUCUUCCCUUCGCCCUUGUCUACCAGCGUACACACUCGCAACAGUGGGCGCUAAAGCUGACAAUAAGCGUUUACCCUGUUCCCGCCGUACGCGCGAGGCGAGUGGAAAUGGAUAAAAAUCUCUGUCCUGCCUGGUCUGUGCAAUCUUAGUGCCGAACAUGGUUGUACGAGGUCAGAGCUAUCCAUCCAGUUCAGCCGUUGACAGUCCGGGCCUCUGCCAGGCAGCUGGGCAUGUCAAGCGCGAUCCUCCGCUAUCUCGACCCUCCCGGUUCCAGGAAACAUACUAUCUCUGUCUGAACUGAAUCCGUCUCCCGCUGGACUUUCACUUCAUCCCUCACCGAGCCGUGGCCUGAGCUGAACCGAACUGAGCUGAGCUGAUCUGAGCUGCCGUCGCUCACUAUUCUUUCCGCCCUCAAGGUGAAAAUGAGUGGAUCCACUGCCGUAUUUCUUAUCCGUGGAGUCAAUGAUAGCGGGAUUAAAGUGGGCUCGGUGGGGUCGGGGCUCGGGCUCCGUCGUCGGCAUGCUGGGAGAAUGUGAAAAUUCGAAGGGGGUUAAUGCAAAUUGCGGCAGGCAAACGGGCUGAAGAGGAAGCUGUUCUCCAUAUCUGGUGCAGCUGGAACUGGAGACGGACUGACUGACUGACUGACAGGCGAGGCGUACAGAGAGAGAGAGAGAGAGAGAGCGAGGAGAGGGGGGGACGACCCCCUCCCCCCUCCUUCGGACCGAGCGAUGGAUCGUAUCGGGGGCGACGGGGAAAAGUACCGCGCGGGGCUGGCAACGAGAACGUCGUUACGUAAGGGUGUAAUUUGCAGGCUCCCCUCAAGCCGAGCCGGGCCGAGCCGACCCUUAAAGCGGUCUGAAUCAGAUAUCUAGCACAUCGCGAUCGCAUUACCGCAUCACAACCCAACACACACCCCGCACCGCACCGCCAUCCCCCGCGGCAACACGUCCGAUUCACCUUGACCAGCAAUGGAUGAGCUCGCUCACGGCAUUUGGGGUUAUGGGGCCACGAGGGCCAAAUCGGGGCCGAGUGCAAAUGGGCUCGGGGCUUGGGGCUGGGCCUGGGGCUGGGCAUGCAUGAAGAAGAAGAUUCGCGCGCAGGAGUACGGUAGAGUUGGAAGUGGAUCUAUCCGGAGACGAGCGAGCGAAUCUUUGGGUUUGGGCCAAGAGGUCCAGUUCGCCCUCGAGAAAGCGCGUCGCAUUUGCUCGUGUUCACUCUGAGGCGAAAUUGCGGAGUGUGCACUUUGCUGGCUGGCCGGCCAGAGCACAUUGUUGCCAUUGUGGGGAGUUGGGGAGCUGCGCGUGCUCGAGCGUAGCGAAUAUUGGAAGCGAAAGGCGGGAGCGCGGGUCAGGUCAGAUCACGUCAGGCCAGGCCAGUGCAUCGCAGCGCAGCGCAGGUCGGGUCGGGUCAAGCCAAGAAAAAGCGCAGGAUUUUCGUCAUCUGAUCUGAUAUUUUGAGGCGAGCGAGCGAGCGAGCAGGCAGGCACGCAGGCAACAGCGACAACAACUGCUACUUCCUCCUCCUCCUCCUCCUCCCCAGAACCAACACCAACAGCAGCAAGCAGGCAAUCCCUUCAUUGCACCGGCGAGUAUUCGCAGAUCGUACACACGAACUUGCAACGAAUCUAUCAGUGGGCGACGAGCUGGGUCUAUCAUUGCUAAAACGGCAACGGUAUCCACGAGUAAAUAUAGGAGUGCAGUCAUAACGGUGGCUGAGCCACAGGCCCAGCGAGCAAGCAAACCCAUUCUCAGACGACGCAAGCGGCGAGUCCGAAUCACGAACCUCCACCCCAACACAAUCAAGGCCAAUUCCAUGAUGGCCCCAGCCCCAGCCCCAGCCCCUCGCCCUUUCCCCUUCCUUCUCCCACACCUUACCUCUCACUUGCCUCCCUCUCUGAGCUGAUGCUGAGCUAAGCUCUCUUCCGAAGCGAAGCGAUGCGCGAUGCGAUGCGAUGCACGGUCAGAAGCUUUCUUCCUUCCCGGGCCAAUCCGCCGCGUACAUGAUCCACUGGCAGUCGCGCGAAUGCUCUCUACCCCUAGUCCUAUCGUUUUUUGCCACCAUGUGUGUUCCAUUAUGAUUCUUUAUGAUUCCGUUUUCAGGUUUAUUCUCUAACCCGCCCGUCCGGCCCUCCCACCUCCAAUCGAAGCAAGCACUUGUCUCUCAGAUUCCCCCCCACCCCCCAGUCUUCAAUCACUUGUCUCUCAGAUUCGCCUCUACGUAUGUAUCUCGGCGUAUCCCCUCCUCUCUCGCUCUCUCGCUCUCUCUCUUGCCGAAUCCCUCUCACUGCCUUUCUGUCUUCGUCACAAUCAUAUCAACGUUGAAUUCGUUGUCGAAUUUUCGUUUCUCAUCUAUUUACCCACUGUUCUUUCCGGCUGCAUGUGCAUGGCGAGGGAGAGUGACAAACGCGGAGCCUAAUAUAAGGCCCGCUGUAAUUUGCGUACCGAGAAGCCAUAAAUAUGAAAUUACUUGGGAGUGGACUUUGGGGCCUAGCAGAAGUGGGGCUCACUGAACUGGAGUUACUGCCGGGAGUGACCAACGACGACAAGAGCGCAGCCCCCGGUCCCCUUUACGGGCUUGUAGUGAGAGUUCUUGUCUGUGACCGGGUGGUGUUCUUGUACUGGUUACCGUAAAGUGACACUUCUUGCUAUGCUGGUGCUUGCCAUGCGAUGAGGCUUUCGGAGGUUGUCGUUACAAGAACUUGCGACAGGUAGGCUUGGCCACGGUCCGGUCCGGACCGCCGGUUAACCUUCGGGACCGGUUAACCGGUCCCAGAUUUCUCCGGACCGGUUAACCGAAAAAAAUUUCCUCUGGCAGCGAGGUACCCAAUUCGUGAUUGAAUGUGAGAAAAUUCGCGAGAAAUUUUUUUCACAAAUUGGUACAACUCAGCUCGAGUCUCUGAACUUCCAACCGUGAGCUCAUUUGAGUCGCGGCCCAUCUCUUUCCUUCCGCCAUCGAAAAUUUUUGGGUAUUAAGGCCACUCCCCAUCGGCCACGUAGGGGUCCGGACCGAUGGUUAAUCGGUCAACCGUCGGGACCGGUUAAAAAUCGGUUAACCGUAAUCGAUACGGACCAAUCCUGGACCGGUUAAUAUACCGGUUAACCGGUUAAUUUGACCGGAAACCGGUCCACAAAUUUUCCGAACCGUGGCCAAGCCUAGCGACAGGCAGUAGAUGAUGGUUGUUAGAAAUCUGAAAGCACCUGUGUGUCCUCCUGUCCGGCCAUGGCUUUGAAUUUGUACCCAGCCCCUUUUCCAAAUGGCGGGAGGAGAAGGCAGCAGUCUAUGGAAAAGGAUGGAGAGCGUCUCAGAAUGACUCCUCGAUCUAAAGAUCCAUGAUUAGCAGCAAUUGGAGCGGGCAUGGGCAGGAGUCGAUGAGGAUAUGGCAUUAGCGCAGACAGUAUCAAGGAUGAUGCCAGGAAAGAAUGAUGAGAGAGUCUCCUUUCUUGAAAUGUCUCGAAAUAUUCCUGCGCUGCACGGCCUAUUGCAGUCGUGGAUGUGGCGAGGCUAGCUUCCUUUUCUGGGAACUUUAGCUCUAGUCUCAUAUAAAAGCGGGAGAAAUGUCAAGAAUCUUCUAAUCACAAUCAGGCCAAUGAUCAGAUCAGAUGUUGCAUCUACACGUAUCAGAUGCAACGAUAUUCUUCACGCGACGAUGAUGGUGGAAAUGUGACACGUAGAGAUGUGGAUGAUGAAGGUACAAUGGCUUGCGAGAAUUAUCGGAUUUGUGUUCCCUCCGACACUUGCACCAAGAUUCUGAAUCAAGCUGGGAUCACUUCAUACUUAAAAUUGGAGAUCAAGGACUGAACAAUUAAAGUAGCGAUGGGUUGAAAGGAAAUGAAGCUAAUCAAUUAGCAGAUAUAUUAUCUCGUUGACACCGCAGAGAAGGAUGAUGAAUGCAUAAAUUAUAAUACAUUAAUAUCAUUGGUAUGUGCCAAACAGACCAGAAUUGUUAUAUUGAAAGUCCAUUUAGCCAAAGAUGAAAAU